UUCAUUUCACUAGCGACUAACGCUGCACAGCAAACUGAAACUAUUGACUAACGCUACACAACAAGCUGCAACUAUUAUCCAACACUACACAACAAGCUGUAACUAUUAUCUAACGCUGCACAGCAAACUGAAACUAUUGACUAACGCUACACAACAAGCUGCAACUAUUAUCCAACACUACACAACAAGCUGUAACUAUUAUCUAACGCUACACAGCAAGCUGAAGCGAUUAUCCAACGCUACACAGCAAGCUGCAACUCUGAAGACAAUUAGUGGCAACUAACAACUGACAACAAGCUACGACAGGAGUUAAUUUCACUACCGACUACCAGCUAAGAACACAACAAGCAGUCACUUGCUGAAACUACAGUGUGACAGCUGUUAGAACAAUUCUGUUGGAACAAUUCUGUUGAACUAUUCUAUCGGAACUAUUCUGUUGGAACCAUUCUAUUAGAACUAUUCUGUUGGAACCAUUCUAUCGGAACUAUUCUUUUGGAACUAUUCUGUUAGAAUUAUUCAGUUGGAACUAUUCUGUUGGAACCAUUCUAUUAGAACUAUUCUGUUGGAACCAUUCUAUCGGAACUAUUCUGUUGGAACCAUUCUAUUAGAACUAUUCUGUUGGAACCAUUCUAUUAGAACUAUUCUGUUGGAACCAUUCUAUCGGAACUAUUCCGUUGGAACUAUUCCAUCGGAACUAUUCUGUCGGACCUACAAGGAAGGUGGCGCCAGUGGAGUUGUCAUGGAGAAUUCUGUGUUGUGGAUAUUCCUGACAGCAACAUGUGUUAUUAAAGGUGUGUGUAGUCAGUCAGUCCAGAUGGAAGCCGAACAGUCAGGGUUCGUGGGCUCUAAGGUGGAUCUACCAUGUGUUUUUAUCAACAGCAUCCCACCUGUCAAGAUCUCACAGGUGACAUGGCAGAAGGUGAUUAAUGGAAAGAAACAGAACGUGGCGAUAGCCAACCCGUCUCUAGGCGUGUCUGUGGCUCCGCCCUUCAAAGACAGAGUCAGCUUCAAAAACCCUGUGGUGCGGAGGAAAACUCCGUCCCUGGAGGACACCACUCUGACCUUCUCGUCUCUGCGACUGUCUGACGAGGCCAGAUACAUCUGUGAAUACACUACCUUCCCUGCUGGCAACCGCGAAAACACGGUCAACCUCACAGUCUACGCCCGACCUUUGACCCAGAUGAGUUUGUCGACACCCACACUGGUAGCUCGGUCAUCCAAUCUGAAGACGCCGGUCGCCACCUGCCUCUCGGCCAAUGGGAAGCCUCCAGGAACCAUCAGGUGGGACACGCGUGUGCGUGGUGAGGCGACCACCCAGGAGAUCCGUAACUCUGAUGGGACGAUCACGGUACGAAGCGACUUCAUCCUGGUACCCAGCAAGAAUACACAUCUGGAGAAGCUCACCUGUAUCACAUCCUAUAACCAGGAGACAUACACCGACUCUGUCACGCUGGACAUACAGUAUGAACCAGAGGUGUCAGUGGAGGGGUUCGAUGGGAACUGGUACCUGGACCGUCAGAACGUUGAGCUCACAUGUCUGACCGAUGCCAACCCACCUGUCUCUCUGUUCCAGUGGAGAAUGUUGAAUGGUUCCAUACCGAACAGCGUAGAGAUACGUGACAAUGUCCUGUUAUUUAAAGGACCAAUCAGAUACGAGGUAGGAGGGAUUUAUGUCUGCGAUGCAACCAAUAGCAUCGGGACAAGCUCUGCCUUCAUGGAGAUCAGCAUCACAGAAGAGCCACUACCCCAGGUGGGAACUGGUGAUGUCUUCAGUGUUCUGGGCAUGCUAUUGGCUGUGGGGCUGAUUCUGGGCGUGGCGAUCACUGUGCUGCUUCUUAACAGGAGAAAACAGAGGGGAGAGAUGGAUGCUGACUCGACAGACUCUCCUCCUUCUCUUAAACUGGCUCCUCCUCCUGCCAGGAGAAAACCUGGUGAUGAGUUCCAGCGGUCAGGGAGGGUGUAUGAGGACCUCCCCAACACAGCGGACUAUGUCAGCUACCGACUGGCCUGCAACAAGGAUGACUACCCAGAACCCUACUCUCCCCCCAUCAACCCUCCCCUCUCCCUCCCCGACUCUCCACCUAUCAACCCUCCCCUCUCCUUCCUCUCCCAGCACGCCUACGCCCACUCCAACAAUACCUUCUCCCCCGCCUCCCAUCCCUCCUCUGUCUUCAGAUAUCCUUCCCUCCCCUCCCUAUCCCCCCCUCCCGGCCUUGCACCCUACACCUUCCCUAAAGAACAGUAUGUCUGACCUGUAUCCACUGACCUGUAACACCUCUCCAGAGACCAUGGACCAACAGCUUUUCUCUGUCUUCUGUUCCCCUCUCCUUCAUCUUCUGUUCAUCCACUGACCUCAGAAUGUUUUCCAAUCCUAGAUAUGAGUGUGUGUGUGUGUGUUUUAAAGUGUGUUUUGUGCAAGGGGGCAUUGUCAUGCUGAAACAGGAAAGGGCCUUCCCCAAACUGUUACCACAAAGUUGGAAGCACAGAAUUCAAUGUUAUUGAAUUAUUUCCCUUCACUGGAUCUAAGAUGCCCGAACCAUGAACAACUGCCCCAGACCGUUAUUCCUCCUUCGCCAAACUUUACAGUUGGCACUAUGCAUACAAGAAGGAAGCGUUCUCCUGGCAUCCACCAAACCCAGAUUCCUCGGACUGCCAGAUAAUGAAGAGUGGUUCAUAACUCCAUAGAACGUGUUUCCACUGCUCCAAAUACCAAUGGCGGCAAGAUUUACACCACUCCAACCGAUGCUUGGCAUUGCACAUGGUGAUCUUAGGCUUGUGUGCGGCUGCUCGGCCAUUUAAUGAACCUCCCGACGAACAGUUCUUGUGCUGACGUUGCUUCCAGAAGCAGUUUGGAACUCAGUAGUGAGUGUUGCAACCGAUGACAGACGAUUUUCACGGUGAUAUGCGCUUCAGCACUACGCAGUCCCGUUUUGUGAGCUUAUGUGGUCUACCAUUUCACAGCUUAGCCGCUGCUGCUCCUAGAAAUUUCCACUUCACAAUAACAGCACUUACAGUAGACGGGGCAGCUCUAGCAGGCCAGAAAUUUGAUUAACUGACUUGUUGGAAAGGUGGCAUCCUUUGACGGUGCCACGUUGAAAGUCACUAAGGUCUUCAGUAAGGCCAUUCUACUGCCAAUGUUUGUAUUUGGAGAUUGCAUGGGUGUACGCUCAAUUUUAUACACCUGUCAGCAACGGCUGAAAUAGCCCAAUCCACUAAGUUGAAGUGGUGUAGCAGCAGUGUAUAUGAUGAUUGUAUGUGAGUGAGUGUGUCAGUAUACUGUAUGUACAUAUUAUGUGUGUGUAUGCAGAUGAUGGAGCGAGUGUUUUGUAUGUGUGUUGGAGUAUCAGUGUAUAGGGCCCUGUGAGUGUGCAUAGAGACUGUGCAAAAAUAAAAAUACAAUACAAAGGUCAUCACCGAUAGUCCGUGUAGCCAUUUUGUUAGCUUUUUAGUUAGCUAUUUAGCAGUCUUAUGGCAUGAGGAUAGAAGCCUUUCAGGAGCCUGUUGAUGUCAGACUUGAUGCACCGGUACUGCGCGGAAGCAGAGUGAACAGUCUAUGGCUUGGGUGGAGUCUUUAAUUAUUUGCCUGGCCUUCCUUUCACACCACCUGAUAUAGAGGUCCUGGAUGGCAUGGAGCUUGGCCCCAGUGAUGUACUGGUCUGUCCUCACCACCCUCUAUAGCACCAUGUGAUCAAGGGCGGUGCUAUUGCCAUACCAAGCAGUAAUGCAGCCAGUCAAUAGGAGCCCAGGAGGGGACUAAGCACGCACCCCUGAGGGGCCCCAGUGUUGAGGAUCAGUGUAGCAAAGGUUAACUAUCCACCUGGGAUCGGCCCGUCAGGAAGUCCAGGAUCCAGUUGCAGAGGUGAUGUUAACUAUCCUCACCACCUGGGAUCGGCCCGUCAGGAAGUCCAGGAUCCAGUUGCAGAGGGAGGUGUUCAGUCCCCAGGUCCUAAGGUUGGUGAGGAGCGUGCAUUGGACAAUGGUGUUGAACUUGUGUUUGUGUCUCUGUAAGUAAACAACGUCUAGCUUCAAAAUAUGCUGCAUUUCCUCAGGUUGAAAAGCAAUUGACAUGCUUUAAAUCCCAGGUCACAGUAACAUAAACCUUCAGAUGCACAACUAACCUUAACCUUAACCCAAACCCAGACCUCAAGUAGGGUAUUGUCCCAAACCCAGACCUCUAGUAGGACAUUACCCCAAACCCAAACCUCUAGUAGGACAUUACCCCAAACCUAGACGUCUAGUAGGACAUUACCCCAAACCCAGAGCUCUAGUAGGACAUUACCCCAAACCCAAAGCUCUAGGAGGACAUUACCCCAAACCCAGAUCUCUAGUAGGACAUUAACGCAAACCUAGACCUCUAGUUGGGACAUUACCCCCAACCCAACCCUCUAGUAGGACAUUACCCCAAACCCAGACCUCUAGUAGGACAUUACCCCAAACCCAGACCUCUAGUGGGACAUUACCCCAAACCCAGAUCUCUAGAUGGACAUUUAUUAGAGUUCUGGAUCAGGAAUGGAUGUAUUAGAUUGUAGAUUGAGUUAUGGAUAAAAUGUCUGUAUUAGAUUAUAUUAAAUUGGAAACAAUGUUAAUCUGUAAGGAUGAGAUUACCUUCUGAUUUUAUCCACUGCUGCUAUUGUAGCCCGGACAAUUACCCAAACCCUAACCCUAACCCCAACCCUAAACCUAACCAGAAUCUCUCUUCCACUCUCUGUAGCCCUGACAAUUACCCAAACCCUAACCAGAAUCUCUCUUCCCCUCUCUGUAGCCCUGACAAUUACCCAAACCCUAACCAGAAUCUCUCUUCCCCUCUCUGUAGCCCUGACAAUUACCCAAACCCUAACCAGAAUCUCUCUUCCCCUCUCUGUCUCUCUUCCC